AUGGAGACAGUUUUGUAUAUUUCGACAUCAUAUCAUGGCAGAAAAAUUUCAAUUGACAUCGUAUCAUGGCAGAUAGUCACCGGGCAGGUGUUUGGCAUCCGCGCAGGUUUGGCCAAAAACCGGUUAAAUGGCGAGAACGGUAGAACUACUAGUGGGAAUAAAAAGCGUAGCCCACCUCGUCCCAAAUACAGUUGGAGAGCUUUGGAACUAAAUGAUGCUUACGGGAUAGAAUUGAAGCUCUUGCUAGCUAUUCUGGCAUCGGCAGAUAGUGUCAAACUUCAACUAUUAAACGUGACAUGA